GCAAGCCCUCUAAAUAAGGAUGUAAUAAUUUUCGUGAAUUUAUCCCAGAUUUUGCUACAAAAUCUCUGACUUACCGUUAGUAUUCAAUGGCUAAGUCACAAAUAAAUGGUGAUGGGGAUAUAAAGAUUGAAGACAUCCACUUUCUGCUGGACAGUUUCUCAAAGCAAUCUUACAAAGCCAAAGAUGAUAAAAAGUCAGACGUCUUCAUAGAUAACUGCCUCAAACUCUUUGGGAAGGACUACAAAUACUCGGUCAUUGACAAUAUCAAUGGGGAGCUGUGUAGUCACUACCCUGCAAAAAUAGUACUGCUGGAGUAUGCUUCCACAUGCCAGAACAAUGAAAGGGUUGAGUCACUAUAUGAUCUACCUCGUCUCAAGGAGCUAUUCACCAAAGCAAGGUUUGCCAGAUGUAGAGCUAGGUUUGUUGUUCCUGUUAUACUCAUAAACGGAAAGCACAUCUGUAGAUCAGCCACACUGUCUGGAGGUGCUGAGCUUUAUGGAAGGACAAGUUUUGAUUUCUUCUUCACAGGAGGUGAGAGUGUCCCAGAAGAAGUUUCCCUGGAGGCCAGCAACAGCCAGCCAGACUGGCAACUCUUCAACAGAAUCAGGGGGCAGGAUAUCAAACUAUUAAAGACAUGGUCAGUGAAGUACAUCAUUGACCUAAUGGUGGAGAAAAAGAAAGUCAAAUUUGGAAUGAAUGUUACGAGUUCUGAAAAAGUUGAUAAAGAACAGCGCUAUGCAGAUUUCACUAUAUUUUCAAUGCCUUACCCAGGUUGUGAAUUUUUCCAUGACUGGCAGCAGAACUCUUACUAUGCAGAGGGUAUGGUGUACGACUGGGACCAGAACUUUGUAGACUCUAUCCUAGAUAUACCCCUAGAUAAUGUCACAUCCCAGCUUCCUAUUGACUGGAAACAUUACCAGAAAUGGGAUCUGGUGAAGCUGACACAGAACUACCUACGACUGGUAUUGGACCAUAUAAAAGAAAGUGAUGCAGGCCUUCUAAUCCACUGUAUCUCAGGCUGGGAUAGGACCCCAUUAUUUGUGUCUCUCGUGAGGAUAUCUCUCUGGGCAGAUGGUCUCAUCCAUGCUUCGCUUAAUGCUGCAGAACUCCUCUACCUCACAUUAGCAUAUGACUGGUACUUGUUUGGGCACAAUCUUCCUGAUAGAAUGGGAAAAGGGGAAGAGAUCCUGUUUUUCUGCUUCCACUUUGUCAAGUACAUCACUGGUGAUGAGUUCUCUGCCAGGAAAGUCAGUAAGACUGGAGUUGGGAGGAAUGACUCCGAUAUUAACAUAGAUGGCGUCUUGUUAGAUUAUGAGAGCCACUACAGUAAACUAAGCAACCGAGGCAGUAAUACCAGUCUUAAUAGUUCUUGUAGCGUCACCAGCAACCGGAGCAGUGUUGACGCACCCCUGGUCUUCAGUGCUAGUCAGGAAGAGGACCAAGCAUUGAAUGGAAACUCCAUUUCUGGCCACAGGAGGUCACCGUUACACUUCAAACCUAGUCAUUUAGAAAGCAGAGACAGUCACAGGUACUCAGGCACAGACCAUAGAGACCAUAGGCAUACUAGUGAUCCAAGAGAAUUGUCUUACCACAGACAUAGUACUGAUAGACAUACACCUAACGCACAACAUAGUGCAUCUAGCUCCCCGAUGGCAGUCCCUAGUAAUGCUCAUAGACUGAACCCAGAUAAUAAACAAUCCUUAGGUGCCAAUUCUCCCGGCUUUGGAAGCUGGCAGAUUAUAUCCGGGGCUGGGAGUUAUCGAGGUAGCAUGGCAUCACAUGAGUCUCCUCGCUCCAGCGGAUCAGAGAGUCACUCAGGGUCUAGUGCCUCAUAUAAAAGUCGCAAUAGUUCAUACUGUGAGACAUCUGAACCAUCCAAUGAGGAUUCACAGCGGAAACAACGUUUGGAAUUAUUACGGAAGACAUUUCUGAAUGUGUAUAGUGUGGUACAUAGAACAAAGCUAGGACAAGAAAGUGUUUCUUCAAGUCUACUAGAUAUGUUUGCUGAAAAGGUCGGCAUUAGGACUAAAAGCUCAUUGUUUACCAAUAGCACAAUGAAAUGAUGUCAUUAGCACAAUGAAAUGAUGUCAUUAG